CCCUGCGAGCAACAUGGACCAAAGCGUGGUGGAUCACCCGGUGACCCUCAUCAUCAAGGCCCCCAACCAGAAGUACACCGACCAGACCAUUAACUGCUUUCUGGACUGGACUGUGGGCAAGCUAAAAUCUCACCUCUCUAAAGUCUACCCCAGUAAGCCGUCUACAAAGGAUCAGAGACUGGUGUAUUCUGGCAGACUGCUUCCUGAUCAUCUGCAGCUGAAAGAUGUUCUCAGAAAACAAGAUGAAUAUCAUAUGGUUCAUCUGGUAUGUACUUCCCGGACACCCCCAAGUUCUCCAAAACCCAGCACCAGUAGAGAAGGUCACGGAGCUUCAACCUCCAGCAGUAGCUCAAAUUUAGACCGUUCUGGAUCAACUGCUGCCUCACCCACAAACCAAGAAACUUCACCUACAUCUCUGAACGCUAGUGCAGAUGGAGUGAGGCGUCGUAAUCUUCCACAAGCACAAAGCAAUCCCAUACCAAGCCACCAGUUCCCUUAUUUAAUGCAAAGCAAUAUAGGCAACCAAUUUCCAGGCCAAGGUGUUCCUGCUGGAUUUUCCAUGUAUCCUGCAUUCAGUCCCUUACAGAUGAUCUGGUGGCAACAGAUGUAUGCACGUCAGUACUACAUGCAAUACCAAGCUGCUGUUUCAGCCCAGGUGACUUCCAGCACCGAGCCAGUGAGAUCUGCAGUUGCCCAGGCUGUAAAUUCAGAACAUGCUCCUCCAAAUGAGCCUGCAGCAGCACCAAAUGUAGCUGUCCAGGAGAACAGGCCUGUAAACCCAAAUGUUCAGAUGAACGCACAGGGUGGCCCGGUAGUGAAUGAGGAGGACUUCAACCGGGACUGGCUGGACUGGAUGUACACAUUCUCUAGAGCAGCAAUUCUUCUAAGCAUUGUAUACUUCUAUUCUUCCUUCAGUCGAUUUGUCAUGGUAAUGGGAGCCAUGCUGCUGGUUUAUUUACACCAAGCUGGAUGGUUCCCCUUUAGGCAAGAGGGAGGCCAGCAGCAGGCAGCCAAUAACGUAGAAGUGAACCGUGAUGGGCAACAUGCAAAUAAUCCUGAUCUUGAAGAGAUGGAACGACUUAUGGACGAUGGCAUUGAUGAAGACAGCGGAGAAGAUACAGGUGAAGAUGCCAACACAGAGCAGCAGCCUGGAUUCAUGGCUUCUGCUUGGUCCUUUAUCACAGCCUUCUUCACAUCACUUAUCCCUGAAGGGCCUCCACAGGUUGGCAAUUAAAGUGGAAAAGGAACUGUGUCAGGCAGCCUCAGUAGCCAUACAUAGAAGUGGAGCAGAUUCUAGAGAGUGUUUUAAAUACAGUGCAAUUUCUGGAAAUUUAUAAUGUUAUCUUUUUUGAUCACAAUGUACAAAAAUGUGUAUUUUUUUCUUUCGGCUUUCUCAUGCGUUGAGUAUUUUAAGCACAAGUGGACUACUAAAUGCUUUCUUUAAGAUUCUUCUUUUUCUGAAGAAUAAAAUGUAAAGAUACUGGUCUUCCAUGUUUUAUUUUAAUUUCAAGUGUGUAUUAUACUGAGGCAAAAAGCUUGCACUUCGUCGCACCAUUACCUCUUUAAAGAGCUGUUAAAAAUACGAAUGUUGACAUACCUUUCUGAAUGCUAUCAAUUAAUCUGAAUAAUAUAUCUUGUGUUAGUUUUAUGCAGGGUAUGAAUUAUCACCUGGGAUUUGGAGUUUGUAUCAUUCCUGAAAGAAUGCUUUAAACACAAGGAUUACUUGUUAAUGGCGU